UCACCCACCAGACGCUAACACCCGGGAGGGCCCCGCUGGCCUAGGGCAAAGUUGGCAGCCUCCUUCGAGCGGGGCCGCUCCCUUUUCCUCCUCCUAGCUGCCCUCCUCCCCAGGGCCCCAAGGCUGCCUCCUCUCGCACGCGCGUCGCCAGACAAGGCAAGCAGAGCGGCGCGCCCCCGGGCGCCCCGCGCCCAACACGCCACUGGAGUCUCCUCGCACCCUUUUCUUUCCUCCCGGGCCCAGAGGACUCGACUCCGCCCCGGCGCCCCAGCCGCUCCGGACUCCCCACCGCCCGGGCUGCUCCCGGAGCUCCCAGACGCGCGGGGCAGCCGGGGGCGUUGGCGGCGAGCACUGGGCGGGGAGCGGCGGGGGGAGAGGAGGGAAGCAGCGCCGAGGGGAGCGAAGGGGAGGGCAGAGAAGGAGAGAGCUUGGGAGCUGAGGAGCAGAGGCGGGCGCCGCACCGCCCUGCGCCCCGCACGCUCGCUGGCUCCGGAGACUCGCGGGCGGCCGCUUGGGCGCACCAGCCGGGUCACCUUGUCCCGGAGGAGAAAUGGGUCCUAUGAGGCAAGUGUGACCUGUGAGUCCAGCUCACCAGCCUGACGCCCAGCUGGGGAGGAAGAGGACCAUGGAUGGCAUCAUCGAACAGAAGAGUGUGCUGGUGCACAGUAAGAUCAGUGAUGCUGGUAAGAGGAAUGGAUUGAUUAAUACCAGAAAUUUCAUGGCUGAGAGUAGAGAUGGCCUGGUGUCUGUUUACCCAGCGCCCCAGUACCAGAGCCGCAGGGUGGUGGCCAGCACAGCACCAGCCAGCCUGGACAGCAGCAGAAAUGAGCCUGUGCAACAGCUGCUGGAUCCCAACACUCUGCAGCAGUCGGUGGAGUCCCAUUACCGUCCCAAUAUCAUCCUCUACUCGGAAGGAGUGCUGCGCUCCUGGGGGGAUGGCGUGGCUGCCGACUGCUGUGAGACCACCUUCAUUGAGGACCGGUCACCCACCAAAGACAGCCUGGAGUACCCAGAUGGGAAGUUCAUUGACCUCUCAGCUGAUGACAUCAAAAUCCACACCUUGUCCUACGAUGUGGAGGAGGAAGAAGAAUUACAGGAGCUGGAGAGUGACUACUCAAGUGACACAGAGAGUGAGGACAACUUCCUCAUGAUGCCCCCGCGUGACCAUUUGGGGCUCAGCGUCUUCUCCAUGCUCUGCUGCUUCUGGCCUUUGGGCAUCGCCGCCUUCUACUUGUCCCAUGAGGAGGCUUCUCGUGCGCAUUCCCUCAGCUCUACUUCAUCAAAAACUUGUCUUCGACCAACAAAGCCGUGGCCAAGGGGGACUUCCACCAGGCUAGCACCAGCUCCCGGAGGGCCCUGUUCCUGGCCGUGCUGUCCAUUACCAUCGGAACCGGCAUCUACGUGGGCGUGGCCGUCGCCCUCAUCGCCUACCUCUCCAAGAACAACCACCUAUGAGCUUCCUGCAGGCACGGAGGGGAAGGCCCCCGGCCAGGGCUCUGUGGGCUCAGAGAGGGUAGAGCUGGCCAGGGGUAGACACACCUGUGUGACGCUGUACAAUAUAAGUGAUUGCCAAACGACUCCAUGAAUGCCCUGGAAUUUUCUACCCAUGGAUUCCUUUGUUUUUAUCCUUAAUUUCAUUUUCACAGCACUGUGUAGAGCACCAGACAGAUGGGCACUGCUAAUUCUUCCAAAUGGAAGCUCCAAAGAUCCCGACCCAUGAGGCUGUCUCUGGAUGGAUUUUGGUGAAUUAAUGACAACGCAGCUCUCUCUGCAGCCUGCCAGUGCCUGGAAUGUUGCCGCAUUAGCAAUAUACAAACAGUUUAACAAAAAAAUGUGUUUAUUUUUUAUGGAAUACGGUGCAAUAGGCAGAGGGCAGGGAACAUGUCACUCUGCUGUCUGUGGCCUGCUUGAGUCCUCUGUGUCCCCCAGUCUGCGUGACUUCCCUACCAGAAGAAAAUGGGGCUUAGAAAAAAAAAAAGACAAAACAACUGCUAGAAGGAGAUCCCAGCUGUCACUCUCUGCAGAUGGGUCCAGCCUUGAGAAUGCCAAGCCUCUGUCCCCAGUCCUGCUCCUUCCCUCCACGCUGCCCCAGCCUAAGAGCUCCAGGCCUCUUCAGGACACUCAGCAGCUCCCCUCCAGCAAUACGCGAUCUUGGGGAGACAGGCCACAGCCCCUCCCAAGGCUCCUAAGGAAUGAGCCCAGUGUUUGCUCCAGGGACUCGAGGCAAAGGAGCUACGAAGACACAAGUGGGUGCUUCUCAAAUCGCCACCCGUGCAGGCGUUCACCCUGGUCAUAAGCAGUGAUGCUAGUGAUCCUAGCAACGAGAUGGGCCUUACUCUGUCAACUAAAUGAAUAGCUAUUUUCUUGUCAUUUUUUUAAGUGCAACUCUUGCUUCAUGCUGCUUAAGUUAUCAGAUGAAUGCUGAGAAACAAGUAAUCACAAGACAUUUUAAUACCAUUUCAUUGCUGUUUUACGAGUGUUCAUUAUUUAACAAAAAGUUAUCUUUUAGCUUU